AUGUUCAGCCAUUAUAAGAUUCCGAAGGAUUGCUCACCUAUAUUAAGCAACCUCACUGUGCCGAAGACGGGACAAAAAGCGUUUGACAAAUGCUUGUACUAUCAGGAAAAAUACGUGUAUCCGUGCUUGGAUAGCCCGCUUCCAGGUCAAGAUAAAGCGAGGGCCAAUUACUGUACGUGGAGUUCAGAGGGUCUAAUUGUCAAUGGAGAGAAUGCUUCUCGAGGGGAGUUCCCGCAUAUGGCGCUGCUCGGUUUUGGAACUGGGAAAAUAGAUUGGAAAUGUGGCGGCACUAUAAUUAGCGAGAGGUUUGUGCUGACAGCGGCACACUGCACCAAGACUGCUAUACGUGGCUCUGUAUCCAAAAUCAAGAUAGGAAUCCUAAAAUCGUCGGAGCGCGAUACAAAUUUCAACCUGUACAAUGUUUUUAAAAUCCAUGUCCACGAUAAUUAUCAUUCGCCACUGAAAUAUAAUGACAUAGCGUUGCUGGAAACAGACAGAGAGAUGCUCCUAGGUCCAGCAGCAUUCCCAGCGUGUCUCCAUGAUGGUGCUGAAGUCAGCGACACAGUUAUUGUAUCUGGUUGGGGUCAAACUAGCACUAGGAGGAGAACUAUGUCUGACGUCUUGCAAAAGGCAUAUUUGCAAAAAUUCGAUGAUGUGGAAUGCCACAGCUAUCACGAGGUUUACCGCCACAGAAAUAUGCCAGAUGGAAUAAACAGUGACACGCAGAUAUGUUUUGGAAAUAAAAGCAAUACAAGUGAUACUUGCGGGGGCGACAGUGGAGGUCCAGCGCAAAUCAAACAUCCGAAAGUGUACUGCAUGUACUUGGUGAUAGGAGUCACCUCUUUCGGACGUUCCUGUGGGUUGCAGGGAGCGCCGGGUGUUUACACUAGAGUAUCUCAUUAUUUACCCUGGAUUGAGAGCAUUGUGUGGCCAUAA